AUGGCUGCCCUAGUAGAGUUUGCAAGAAGACCUGGUCUUGGUAGCCAGGGUAGGAACACACGCGUCCGUGCAAACUUCUUUGAAGUUCUUUCCUUACCAGACAGCAAUAUAAUGCAUUAUGAUGCUACUAUAACGCCCGACGUUCCUCCUGCUCUAAACAGAAGAAUUUUUCAAGAGCUUGAAACUAAUUUCGGAACCACCGCUUUAGCGGGAGCAAGACCCAUCAUAUUACCCGAGGAAGACGGUGCUCCUUCUGGUAAACGUCCUCCACGAGCUUUUAAAAUUAGGAUCAAAAAAGUUGGCGAAAUAAAUAUGGAAGAACUUCACAGAUUCCUUAAUAAUGGAGGUUCAGAAACCUCAAAUUGUUUGACUGCCAUUACCGCCCUUGACGUUCUUAUAAGAUAUCGUCCAUCAUUACGAUAUGAAACUUUUGGUCGUUCUUUUUAUACAUCAAGUGGUUCAAUGCAAAUUUCUGGUGGUGCUGAAAUAUGGCAGGGUUAUUAUCAAUCCGCUCAAAAGAUGAUGAUUAAUAUUGACUUGAGUGCUACAGCUUUUUAUAGAAGUGGUAAUCUAGUCGAUACUAUAGUAUCAUUAAUAGGUUGUAGGUCUCCGGAUGACCUUCGUAGAGGUUUGCAAGAAAGGGAAAGAAUUAUGGUCGAAAAAGCAUUAAAGAAUCUUAAAAUUCGUGUCAUUCAUCGUGGUGAUACUCCGGCUUCAAGGCGAAAACAUAAAAUAAUGAAACUUACGCAGACUUCUGCGAAUAAUACAAGAUUCGAUAUAGGUGGAACAACUCAAGAUGUUGCUUCAUACUUUCAAUCACAAUAUCAGAAGCGUCUACAAUAUCCAUUUCUUCCUUGUGUUGUCGUAAGAAAAGAUAUAUUCUUUCCUAUGGAAGUUUGUGAUGUUGUAGAGGGGCAACGUCAUAUAAGGAAACUUAAUGAAAAACAAGUAGCAGAUAUGAUUAGAUUUACAUGUCAGGCUCCAAAUACUCGUGCUAAUAAAAUAAUGCAGGGUGUCGAAAUCCUUGAUUAUCGAAGAAACGAGUAUUUGCAACAAUUUGGAAUGCAAAUUUCAAGAGAAAUGGCCGUAAUUCCAGCUAGGAUCUUACCAAUUCCUAGAAUAGAGUAUCACCCAUCGUCUCGUGAACCUGUUUUUCAGCCAAAAGAUGGCGUAUGGAAUUUAAGAGACAAGAAAGUUGCUACAGGUGCUACUCUUGGAUCUUGGUCAGUUGUCGUAUUUGGACAUGAAAAUCAGUAUCCGCCUCAGGCCGUUCAGGCAUUUAUUAGGGAACUUGUCGUCACAUGUCAAGACACAGGCAUGAAUAUUCCUAAUAGGUCGCCGCCGAUAAAACAUCAUAACCCACAAGGGAAUAUUGAGGAUUCAUUAAAACAAAUGUGGCUUCUUGCUGGAAAUACAGCGAAAGCACAUCCUCAACUUAUAUUAUGUGUUCUACCGAAUACUGGUGUUGACUUAUAUGCAGAGAUCAAGCGUGUUUGCGAUACAAUCAUCGGUGUCGCAUCACAAUGUAUUCAGGCUAAACAUAUGUUGGCCGCUAAAAAACAAUAUUGUGCAAAUGUAUGUCUUAAAAUGAAUGUAAAAAUUGGAGGGAUGAAUUCUUUCUUAAGCACAAAUCAACUCCCUUUUGUAACUGAUCGCCCUACAAUUCUUUUGGGGGCUGACGUUACACAUCCUUCAGCUACCGAUCCCUCUCGCCCAUCCAUUGCUGGUUUAUGUUCUUCUGUCGAUGCCAAAGCAUCUCAAUAUGCUGCUGCCGUGCGUAUUCAAGAAGGAAAAUCCGAAAUAAUAGCGGAUCUUUCCAGUAUGAUUAAACAAUUGUUAAGAACUUUUUAUCAAUCGUGUGGUAGAAAACCAGAUAGAAUUGUAUUUUAUCGGGAUGGUGUGUCUGAUGGUCAAUUUGCACAGGUUCUUAAAAGUGAAAUAGAAGCUAUAAAAGGCGCAUGCCAAGGAUUGGAAUCUCAAUAUAAACCAACGAUAACAUUUAUCAUUGUUCAAAAAAGACAUCAUACUCGCUUUUUCCCAAUUGAAAAAAGAGAUGCUGACAGAACUGGAAAUUGUCUUCCUGGGACGGUUAUAGAAUCAGACAUUACACAUCCGUAUCAGUUUGAUUUUUAUUUACAAAGUCAUGCUGGGCUUCAAGGAACUUCGCGCCCGACACAUUAUCGUGUGUUAUAUGAUGAAAAUAAUUUUACUCCAGAUACUUUGCAAACAAUGUCGUAUAAUUUAUGUUAUCUUUAUGCAAGGUGCACCAGGGCUGUCUCAUUGGUUCCGCCCGUUUAUUAUGCGCAUUUGGUGUGUAAUCGAGCUCGUUUUCAUGCACGUGGAGGAAAUUGGAGUGAUUCAGAGUCGUCUGGUGGUGGUGCUGGUGUGGUAGGAACAUUUGGAACUGUAAGACCAGAACUUGAGAGGCAGUCUAAUUUUGUCAUAGUUGGAGUCAUUGUUACUAAAGUUGUUAUUACUAGAGCUUUCAUUACUGAAGUUGUUAUUUCGCAUUGUGUUGCUGUUAUAGGUAGGUGUUAUCAUUGUUUAUUGCCUUUAAGUGAAUUUCAUUGUUCAGUUUGCUUUUGUAUCAUUGGUGUUUUUAUUUGGUGGUUUUUCUUUGUUGUUGUUUGA